CCCAAGGGGACGCAUGAAAAAGGGCAACUUGCGCGUUUUCUUUACUAGAGAAGUUAUUAUUAACGGGGCCAGCCACUAAUGUCACCCUGCGAAGAUUAAUCGUGGAUUGAAAAACAAAGUGCCAACUUCCCCAUUUUAUUUACUAGUGAGACAAUUAUGAGGGCUGCAUCUACAAGACGAACUAAAACAAUGACUUUUCUUUUAAUAAAUGUUGUGGUUCCUACGAAAGCUGCUUUCCGGAGUCUUGAGUACAAGAAGACAUCUGAAACACUCCAUAGCGACCGGUUCGGUAGACACGUGAUUGGGAUUCCUACCUACCCAAAUACAAAUUUUAUGUGGUUCCAUUGUCCCCUUGCCAACGAGCAGUCUCCAUAUUCCCAUAGCUCAAUCACUUACCUACUUCCUCUUCCUCUCCCAAGUCCCAAAUCAUUUAGAAGCUAAAAACUGAGCUCUUAGCUCUCCUGCCCAAACUAAAGUGGGUCCUCUUUGCUAAAAGGUAUAGAAAAAAAGAACCAAAAAAUAUACACACCAGAGGUUACCUUGAGGAGGAGGCUCAGUCUCAAACUUCUUCCAUUGGUUUGUUCCCUCUUCCGUUACUUUGCAGCAGCUGAGUCAGUUUAUAUACCAUCAGAGUUUUCUGGUCUUCUUUAAGCAUGAAUAGAAGGGAGAUUUGCAGGCUGGUAUUCGUAUUAUUUCUGGGUCAGCUGGUAUCUUUCUUCCUUGCAGUUGCAAGCUUCACUUCCUCUUACAUAGCAGAUCUGGGUGCUGAUGUACCGCUUACGCAGUCUUUCUUCACAUAUCUCUCCCUGGCUCUGGCCUAUGGCGCUGUCCUCCUGUAUCGGCGACAGAAGCUCCAGGUUCCAUGGUAUUGGUACAUUGCCUUAGCCAUUGUUGAUGUACAGGGGAAUUAUUUGGUUAUCAAGGCUUACCAGUACUCAUCAAUUACCAGUGUGACGCUGCUGGACUGUUGGACUAUACCAUGGGUUAUAAUCCUAACCUGGCUUGUGUUGGGAACACGGUAUUCCCUGUGGCAGUUUUUGGGCGCUGCCAUUUGUGUCGUAGGCCUUGGCUUGGUUCUUCUCUCAGAUUCAACAGAGUCUAGUGGAGAUGCCAAGAAACCACUUUUGGGAGAUGCGCUUGUUAUUGCAGGGACAUUUUGUUAUGCAUUUAGCAAUGUUGGAGAGGAAUUUUGUUGCAAAACGAAAGAUCGAGUUGAAGUUGUAGCAAUGCUUGGAGUUUUCGGGGUGCUAGUUAGUGCAUGUGAGAUAGCUAUUUUUGAGCGGAAGGAUCUUGAAGCAGUCAAGUGGACUUCCACAAUGAUAUCUCUAUUUUUUGGCUUCGCAGCAGCAACCUUUUUGUUCUAUACUGUUGUCCCAUUUGUCCUGAAGAUGAGUGGAGCCACUUUAUUCAAUCUCUCCCUUCUCACAUCUGACAUGUGGGCAGUGGCCAUUCGCGUCAUCUUCUACCAUCAACAGGUGGAUUGGUUAUACUAUCUUGCAUUUGUAGCUGUGGCCAUUGGACUGAUCAUCUACUCAUUGAAUGAGACUGGUAUGCUCAAUGCAACAGCUACCGGGAAUGAGGAAGAAACUAUUCAGUAUGAACGACUCGCUCAAGAAAAUUCGGCACCAGUGAUGCUGUCUUGAAGAGGGUGCAUCAAACAACACAAAGCUAAUAAGUUGUUGAAUCUACAUAAAACUGUCAAAAGAAUCUGAAAGGUUUAUGAAGGUCACCAAGUUGCACCUAAAUUCAAUCCAGAACUGCUGCCUUCUUCGUAAUGGUUCAGCCAAGAAGCUUUGUGUAAAGUAAAAUCUCCCCCCACUCAUUUUUGCAUGCGAACAAAUUGAACUCGUAAUGCUUGAAACUGUUUGACAACUGCAACUCCAGCCGCAUUUAGUAUCUGGUUGGUUGUCCAAUGUAACUGAUAUUUGUUAAGUAAUAGAUAAAUGUUAGCGAAA